UUGAUUCGAACGGCGGGGAGCGGGCGGCGGCGGCGGCGGCGGCGCUGGGGGCUCGGGGUUGCCAGCCCCCGGCCGGGCAGGCGGAGCCGCCCCGAGGCUGCGUGCGGCGAGGAGCCCUCGGAGCGCGGCGGUGCCAUGAGAGCGGCAUGGCUGACUUGCUUCUGGCACCCCACGCCCUCUUGGUUGCAAGAGGUUGGCUCCGGAUCCCGGUGACCGUUCAGCAGAGAGAGUUUGGGUAACAUCUCUAAGAUCAUCACAAGGAAGCAGAUAAAGAGGGAGUAAACCUGGCUGCUUGAGCGCUGCUGAGCUGCAUCUCCCAGCCUUUGUGGCUCUCCCCAUGCUCCAAGAGUUCAACUGGUGCCCAACGCAAUGUGUGUUUGUCAAACCAUGGAAGUGGGCAAGUAUGGCAAGAAUGCCACUAAAUCUGGAGACCGGGGGGUCCUGCUGGAGCCUUUUAUUCACCAGGUGGGCGGCCACAGCAGCAUGAUGCGCUAUGACGACCACACCGUCUGCAAGCCGCUCAUCACCAGGGAGCAGCGCUUCUAUGAGUCCCUGCCUCCAGAAAUGAAGGAGUUCACACCUGAGUACAAAGGUGUGGUGUCUGUCUGUUUUGAGGGAGACAGCGAUGGCUACAUUAAUCUGGUGGCGUAUCCCUACAUGGAGAAUGAAGCUUUGGAGCAAGAUGACAUGCCAGAGAGGGACCAGCCACGGCGCAAGCACUCGCGUCGGAGCCUUCACAGGUCAAGCAGUGGCACUGAGCACAAGGAGGAGAAACCUGGCCUGGCCAGUGACAGCACAGAAAGCAGCAUCCAGGAGGCAAAGAGUUCCAGGAUGGACUUGCACAUCCACUCAGAUGUUCCGUUUCAGAUGUUGGAUGGGAACAGUGGGCUGAGCUCUGAAAAGAUCAGCCAUAACCCCUGGAGCCUGCGCUGCCACAAGCAGCAGCUGAGCCGCAUGCGGUCGGAGUCCAAGGAGAGAAAACUCUACAAGUUCCUUUUGCUGGAGAACGUGGUGCAUCAUUUCAAGUUUCCCUGCGUGCUUGAUCUGAAGAUGGGGACCAGACAGCACGGAGAUGAUGCCUCUGAGGAGAAGGCUGCUCGGCAGAUGAAGAAGUGUGAACAGAGCACUUCUGCCACCUUGGGUGUGCGAGUGUGUGGGAUGCAGGUCUACCAGCUGAACACAGGGCAUUACUUAUGCAGGAAUAAAUACUAUGGACGUGGUCUUUCCAUCGAGGGCUUCCGCAAUGCCCUCUACCAGUAUCUCCACAACGGCAUAGAGCUGCGCAAGGACCUCUUUGAGCCUGUCCUUGCCAAACUCCGAAGUUUGAAGGCAGUUUUGGAGAGACAGGCCUCCUACCGCUUCUACUCCAGCUCCCUUCUCAUCAUUUACGAUGGCAAGGACAGCAGGGCAGAGAUGUUUGUGGAGUGCCACUCGGAGACGCGCCUGAAGCAGACGGACAGCUCUGUUCCGGAGAGCCUUCAGGACGGCGGCGGUAUGGAGCCCAGCUCCCCCCCACACCCCAUGGUGGAUGUGCGUAUGAUUGACUUUGCACACAGCACAUUCAAAGGCUUCCGUGAUGACCCCACUGUGCACGACGGACCUGAUAGAGGUUACGUGUUUGGGCUGGAGAGCCUCAUCAACAUCAUGGAACAGCUGCGUGAGGGAAACCAGUAGCUCUGGACCGUGGCCACUUAUUCUUGUCCUGGUGACUGGAGCAGACACGACCACCUCCUACCACGGGAAACAGCAGCCACUUCAGUUUUAGAACAAUUGUACUGCUCCACUGUUUUUAAAUGUACUUGGAGAGAAGAGCUGAAGGGAGGCAGAGUGGAAGAGCUCCUCAAACUGAACGCAACAGCUCUGCCUCUUGGAGGGGGCUUCACGGCUGCCUCUGGGGCUCUUGGUACUUCGCUCCUCCCAUGUGUAUUUUGGAGGGGGAACCUGGCCCUAGGGAAGGGAAAGCAGGAGAACGCAGGGCUCUGCAGGGCUGCAGCUGUGGCUUGGGGAGCCUCCUGCCUCGGCAGCCUUUUAAAGGCCUUUGGCUUGAAGUUCUCCCAGGGCACUGGAGCAGCACCCUGGUUCUAUGGGGCGGGUGCUCUGCAUGCUCCCUGGCUGGCGUUGCUAGCUCUGCCCUCUGUUUUGCCGUUGGGCCUUUGCUUUUGAUGCUGCCUUUUCCUUCUGUUUGGGCACUGUGAAUAACCGACCCAAACGGGGAAAUAAAAUGACCAAAUGCAACCCAGGGCAGAGCUGCGGGGGGAGGAAACGCUGCACUCCCGGUGCUGCCUUCGCCCCUGCUGCCCUGGGCGGGCCCCGGGACAACGCGGGCAGGGCUCUGCCACCGUGACUCUGCCCUGGGCCCCCGACCAAGCCACAGCUCAGCUCGUGGGCUAGCAAUAGUACUUGUAGCAGUUAACGUGACCCCGGCCCUGCACGGGGCGUUCAACCCUUCCCCUUGUAAUCGUUUUUCCGCCGCUUGUAUGCAAGGAUCUCUCUGUUCCACGGGCUCGGCCUGCCGGCUCCUGCAGGCACAGCGCUACGUCCUAUCCGUGCUCCGGGCUCCGCGCUGGGGGGGGCCCGGCUGGCACGGAUUAGCGCUGGGCUGUGCCCGCCCCCCCCGGCUCCCGUGCUGCGGACGCUCCGUUCGCCGCUGUCCCGGCCCCUUCGCCCCGCGUGUCUUCGCUGCGUUCCGGCCGCUCUUUUCCUGCUCUCCCCGCCUCAUCCCGCGGCACUUCUGCCCCGCCUCGGCUCCGCUCUCCCCUCCGCUCGCUUCCUCCAUCGCUUCUGCGGGCGGCCGCGCUGCCCGGCCGAGCCGCGGGGUUCGGGAUGGGCUGCAGUGAGGAGCCCGGGGCAGCGGGAGCAGCCCUGCGCCCGGCCGGGCUGUCCGGAGCCGCCUUCCUUCGCCCCCGGUGCGGAGGGCCGCCGUCUGUACAUAGCCGCGUCCGUCCGCUGCCCGCUGUCCGUGCUCGCCCAGCGCCGCGCAUUAAAGGAGCUGGUUUUCGC